AUGUCUGAAGAACAAGCACCAGAAAUCCAAAUAAAUGUCAAAGGACCGAGUGAAUUGAAGCUGCAGAUAUCGAUAACGACUGAUAAAACUGUGUUGGAGCUCAAGCAAGCGAUUGCUGCGAAAUCGGAUGUCGAAGCGGACAGACAGAGGUUGAUCUAUUCAGGGCGUGUGUUAAAGGACGAAGACCUGCUAUCGGUAUACAAGAUUCAGUCAUCGCAUACCAUUCAUAUGGUGAAAGGUGUUUCGCGCUCCGGAGGAACACCAUCUUCGUCGUCUGGAGGCCCUGCACCCCAACAGCUGCCCACAAUGCAAACCGGCCAGAACGUACACGAUCCACUCACGCAGCUCAACGGACACAUGGGCUUUGGCGCGAUGGCUGGUCUGAACCCGUUCGGAGAGAUGGGUUUGAAUCCCAAUGACCCCAAUAUGAUGCAAUCUAUGCUGAAUUCCCCACAAUUCCUUCAACAAAUGUCCUCUAUGCUUUCAAAUCCUGCGGUCAUAGACCAAGUUAUCGCCUCAAGCCCGCAGCUUUCGGCGAUGGGGCCUCAGGUCCGGGCAGCAUUCCAAGACGAGGGAUUCAGACAAAUGCUAUCCAACCCGGAAUCAUUCCAACAGAUGCUCCGGAUGGCGUCUAUGUUCCAGGGCGCGGGGCUCGGUGGCGGGUUCGGGUCGCCCUUCGGUGCACCUCCGCCGUCGUUCCCAGCCCCAGGUAAUCCCAACGCUCCCACAAACUCGACCUCGAACCCAUCAUCAACGCCAACGACUCCCCCUUCCACAACGGCUCCCCCUGUGAAUCCAUUCAGCCUGUUUGGUGCUCCCGGCGCUGGCGCUGGUACAGGGACGGGUGCAGGGGCAGGUGCAGGUGCCAAUCCUUACGCGUUCAACCCUGCGAUGAUGCAGCAGAUGCAACAGAUGCUUGGACUGGGAUCGCCUUUUGGUCCAGGUGCAGGUGGACUAGGCGCGUACGGUUCCACCCCUGCUGCACCCGCUGAUACUAGACCGCCCGAGGAGCGAUUCCAAGUACAACUUCAGGCAAGUAAUCAACUACAGGAUAUGGGAUUCACCAACGCCCAGCAGAAUGUACGUGCACUGCUGGCUACUGGGGGGAAUGUGCAAAGCGCCAUAGACUAUAUCUUCAGUGGAGGUGGCAUUUAA